AUGUGGGACCAGCCAAACCAUCCUCCGGCAACGUUUGAUGCUGAUGCCGCGUUGUUCUCGCUGCAUGAACCUGAGCAAUUGUAUCGAAAGAAACUGCCAGAACUGGGAUUUUUUAGAUUUAUUUCAUUGACCAGUCAUGGAGAAUAUAUCUCCGGGCUCACCAUGUAUUUCAUGUCUCAGUGUAUCGUGUUUAUCGAAUCAUAUUUCUCAUCAGGCUUGUAUUUCGUGUGUAGUCGUGGUGAAGUAGCAGUACAUAUGUCACUUGCCCCAGGUGAACUUAUUAGCGAUGUUUGGUUACGUCUCUACGUUGACUUACCUGUUGAAUCUGUUCCCACCGUAUUGUAUCACUGGGCUAUGCUGCAAUACAACGGCCGGAUCAGUGGAUUUUAUUACGAAAACGCGCCCGGAAUAAAGAGAAUAGGUGUCAUUGGCGAUGACAAGGAAAUGUCAAGAGCUGAAAUCCAGCUUCCACGAUAUGAGACUCACGUCCCAGAAGAACCCUAUCUCGCAAAUCCUCAAUUCGUCAAUGACGCGGCUAUUGACUCCUUAAAAACUGUAAAUGUUUGUAGAGUUGGCACGCGCUGUGUCGGUAUCUUCAUAAGGUAUUUGGAUCUAGCGAUGUCUCCAGUGACUUUAGGACAGUGGUAUGAUAAAGAUCAUUCCGAAUACACAUGCAUAUACGACAACACGAAAAUGUCAUCAACAGUAAUUGUUUUCAAAAGAUCGAAGUCGGGCGGAGUGAUACAAGACAUCUUCUUCUCUGAUCACGAUUCGCCAGAAGAGCCAGCUCUGACGAUCGGUACGUCGGUCUCUAUACCCAUCGUUGAAGUAAAUUUCCGAGGACCCAACUUCUACCUGGACAUGGAUUGGACGCGAUAA